GAAGAACGAACCAUCUAUAUUUUACAUAUAGGGCUCUUCAUGUAGCAGUAGCUUUGUCCGAGAUUUUUGUCCACGGAAGAAAAGACAAAUACUGAAGUUUUAGAUACAUGUUCAGAAUUUCACAAGAUUUUAUCGGGAAAAUAAUGACACCAACGGUGGCAUUUAAUUGUUUGGCUUUUGUCGUUAAUAAUUCAGAUUCAGUAUAGAUGGGGUUUUAACAAAGUGUUGAAAGUUUCGAAAUAUUUUUAUUCCGAUAUAUGUAAUUCAGAUUUUCGUUGAGCAUUGUGCAAGGAAAUCUUAUUAGUUUUGAUUCGAUUAUUGUGAUGAGAACAUGGAUACUGAUGAUGAUACUGAUGAUGAUGAUGACGAAUUGAAAUAUUUUGGACGAGAUAUUGAAGGUGUGUCAAGAAUUGCAAACCGUGUGAAGAUGGGGAAGAAGGUGGAAAAAUCCCUGAAGGAGAAAAAUCAGUCGGCCGUCAGUCAGGAUGAAGAUGACCCAAAUAAAACUCCGGAGCCGUACAAUUGCACAGGAAAUUUCCAGGCCGAUUUUACGGAGCUGUGCAAGAGAAACAAUAUGGCCGUCAUUCCACCAGUAGUUCACAGAGCUAGACCUCCAACCUCUCAGUCGCAGGUCGAGAGUUCAAAACCCGAAAAGGGCAAAGAAAAAGGCAAGACGAGUGCGCAACAACAGCAGGCGGAGGUGGAGCCGGACCCGGAAUUAGUGGAAGGUGAACCUGUUGAACCGCCACCAAAGACAUUCGUGUUGAAGGAGAAAUUUGAAUAUUUUAAACCGUCGGUCCAAGUAGAGAUGGAGAAUUAUGACAAACCAGACACAGUUACAGAAAUCUAUAUACGAGGUUGGAAGAUAGAUGAGACAAUGAUGGCUACGUUUGCUCAGUGUUGGCCAGUCAUGGAGAAACUCCACACAAUCAAUUUAUGGAACACUGGUCUGACUGGAGAGACGGUCACCAUGAUGGCUAACUGUAUCCCUAACAUUGUCAACCUCAGGACACUGAUACUUGAUGGUAACUGUGUAGCGGCUGAGAACUGGCACGAACUCGUCAGCGAAGAGAGUCCAUUACAGAAUCUGUCUCUAAGACACUGCGGAAUUACUGACAAAGGAGCGCAGUCCCUUGGGGCUGCUCUCGGCACGAUAAAAAAGGCCAACAUGAAACUCAUCUCCCUCAACCUGGCCGGCAACAUGAUUAGAGACACAGGCGCAGAACACAUUGCCAUGGGUUUGCGGAUGAACCGGACUCUGAUGUCACUUUCGCUGGCAUCCAAUCAGAUUGGAGACAAAGGGGCCAUUAAGUUGGGAGAGGUGCUGUCCAGAUUUCCUCUGUCACAUGAAGAGGUUGUAGAACGACGGAAACAGUUCUCAGAAAAAGGUUCCCCAGAUAGAAAUAAGUCGCCCCCGCCCAGUCGACGUGCAGACUCUAAGGACCGACCGGGCAGUGUGCGCAGCAGCUCUCAUGCUGAUAAAGACAAGAAGGCAGGGAAACCAUCCGGCAAAAAGAAGGACGGUAAAGGUGGAAAAGAUGCUAAAGAGGAGGAGAAACACGAUAAAACAAAAGGAGGAAAGAAAGAAAAAGAGGACAAAGGAGGACAAAAGAAAGAUACCCGAGGAGGAAAAGACAAAGGAUCUAGUGUCGGGGGUAGAAGCUCUGGAGCUGCGCUGCGAUUUGUAACUUCACUUACUGAGGCCACAAACAAAGCGUCCAUAGCAGCCGAUACAAAAACAGCCGGAAAAGGCAAAGGCAAAGGGAAGGACAAAGGCAAAGGGCCUGCUGUACAGGAAGUAGAGGAUGCUGGAGCCUCGGACUUUGUGAACCCUCUGACGGACGCUGCUGAUUUUAUUGAUGGGCAACUCCUCGUGGCAGGGAACAGAGUCCUCAUCAACCUCAAUUUGUCUAGGAACUCCAUUGGUGAACAUGGGCUGGCCGCUCUUUUGAAAGCGAUGCAGUACCAGACAACUCUAACACACGACAGCAAAAGCAGCGGGACUGGCCUGAUGAGAAUAGGCGUCUAUAAAAAUAAAGUGUCGUCCGACAGUGAGGUGCUUGCAAAACUGACGGAGUUUAUGAUGCCGAAGGAUCCGUUCUAUAAACCACCACCACAGACUCCGGAUGGCGACUCUUAACUCCUUAACAUAUUAACGUUGUGUAAUGAUAGAUUUCCGUCCGUUCUUCAACUUCACCCAUGAAAUCAAGCAUCAUCUCUCAUUUACAUGUUUUAGAUUUAUACUUUGGACUUCUUAUCUGUUUGUUUUGGCAUUCUGUCCAUCAAAAAAAAUUUUAUAUGAGAAUUAAAAUGUCUAUAAUUUUGUGUGAAAAAUUGAUAAAUGUCUGUCGUACAUAACUAAAUUUUUAUUUUUUUAUUUUUUUUUUUUCAAAUGAGAGGCAUUAAAUAAUAAAAUAUUUAAAUAUCUUUUGUCAAAAUAAACUGAUAAACAAACGCUUCUGUAUUAGAGGUAAAAGUGAAGGAGUAUAUUUCAUUUUGAGUUAAUGUAGAGCAUGAACAAGAUUAUUUUAUAGUAUACUUUCAUGGAAAUGUUGUCUGUAUUUCUGUGAAUUUUUAUUCAUCAUUAUGAUGAUAUUUCUUCAUGAGGAAACUUUUAAAGUUAGAAAAUGGGUAAAAUUUAC